AUGUCUAAAGUCGUUGUUCUUGGAGGUGGUGUGUCAGGUCUAACCAGCGCACUAUGUCUUUUAGCUCAAUUUAAGGAUACUAUUGAGGAAUUAACUGUUCUGGCAUCCGAAUAUCCAGGUGAUUACCAUGCACCAGAUUAUACAUCACCAUGGGCUGGUGCGAACUGGUGCAGUUUUGUUCGUGACGGCGAUAAGUUGCAAAUCCAACGUGAUAAACUUACUUAUGACGUUCUCUUACAGUUAGCAGAUAGGGAACAGAGCUGCGGUGUUAAAAAGUAUUGCCUGAAAACUUUCAUGUCAAGGAAUUCAGCAGUGCCAUGGUACAUUAAAGAUGGAUUCGUAAAAGGUUUGAAAGAACUGUCGAAUGAAGAAGUGAAGUCAAGAAAACUCGAUCCUUCUCAGGUAAGGGGAUUUGAAUUUACUACUGUUUCUAUCAACCCCACUAGAUACAACAACUAUUUGAUUUCACAAAUCGUAAAGGCUGGCGGGGCCGUGCGUAGAGUCAAAAGGUUGGAUACAAUUGAUCAAGUUGUCGAUGUAAUGGGGUAUGUUCCCAGCUUAGUGGUUAAUUGUACAGGUGUAAAUGCUGGGAAAUUGUUACGUGAAGUGGAUCCAAACGAACAAGAUAGAGUUUACCCAGUAAAGGGCCAUAUCUUACAGAUCUACGAGGACUUGCCUUACCAGGUGAUCAUUGAGGAUUUGCCAAAGGAGGAUAAUGCUUUGCCAAAUCAGUUUUUGAACGUUUUCCCACGUCCUGAAGGCGGAUGUAUUGUUGGCGGAUUGGCAGCUAAGGGCGAUUAUUCUAAAGACAUUGAUCCCGAGCUUUCAUCGAGUAUUUUACGUGUAAUGAAAAGGCAUAUCCCGGAGUUAUCAACGGCAACAGUUUACAAUUCUUACGUAGCUUUUAGACCUGGUAGAAAAGGUGGUGUCCGCAUUGAUUUCUCAGAGUAUCCGUUGGCAAAGCAUGUCAGUACUUUGAAAGUGGUACAUAACUACGGGAUUGGCGGUUCAGGAUAUCAAUCGUCUUACGGUAUUGCUAUGGAAGUCUGUGGAUAUGCUGAGAGGGCAUUCUUACAGAGACCUAAAUGUCCAUUUAAGCUAUAG